AAUCGCCGACGAAUCGCCCAUCAGUAGAGAAGGGAGUCAGGAACUGGAACUGUGCCCAAGGUUAAGGAAAGAUAUGAGUUAUGAGACUGGACUAUUCACAGCAAACGCGAGACCACAGAAAUGUAUUGUAAAACUUCUCAUUACAACAGACGAUAACCUGCUUUCUGCUCUAUGCUGCUCGUUUUCGGAGACCACGCGGCGGGUUUUGAGGCAAAUGUAGCUUUUUUUUUAUUUCAACGCCGUUGUCGGACAGCGAUUUGAGCUAGCACGUUGCUAGCUAGCAAGUUGACUUGAGUGACAGGCUAGUGACGGGGGAAAAAAGUGCUCCGUUUGGGUCUGAAGGCACUGAGAAUUUACAACACUCAAGAAAAACGUCGGCAUUUUCUUUUCUUUUCUUUGUGGAUAAACAUUUCUACAGAAGGUUUGUGUGAUUUUGCCAAAAUGCAACAUCAUCAGCAGAGGAUGGCAGCUUUAGGGACGGACAAAGAGCUCAGCGACUUACUAGACUUCAGCGCGAUGCGAAACAGCGAUUUGAAAACGUUCCCAACAUCAAUGAUGUUUUCUCCUCCGGUUAGCAGUGGGAAAAAUGGACCGACCUCACUGGGAAGUGGGCACUUCUCCGGCUCAAAUGUGGAAGACAGACUGAGCUCAGCGUCCUGGGGAAACGGCAGCCGCAUAACAAAGGUAUACGUCGAGGGCUCUCAGUACUCUCACAUGGCCGGCCGGGACUUAGGGUCGCACGACGGGAUCUCUCCGCCCUACGUGAACUCUAGACUGGCAGGUAAAACAGAAAGAGCAUCGUACUCGUACUGUCGUGACUCGAACCUACACGGGUGCCAUCAGGGCAUCAUGGGAGGCGAGAUGGGAAUGGUGAGUCCCGGGACGGUUUCCCCCACUAAACCAGGCUCUCAGUAUUAUCAGCACUACAGCAGCAACCAACGGCGAAGACCUCUACACAGCGACUCUAUGGAGGUCCAGACAAAGAAAGUGCGCAAAGUUCCGCCCGGCCUGCCGUCCUCGGUAUACGCACCGCCUGCCAGCACCGCAGAUUAUAACCGAGACUCGCCGGGAUAUCCGAGCUCUAAAGCACCCAGUGGCAGCUUCCCCACCUCCUUCUUUAUGCCAGAUGGUCAUCACAGUACAGACCCAUGGAGCUCCUCCAGUGGUAUGAAUCAGGCAGGUUACAGUGGAAUGCUGGGAAAUUCCUCCCAUGGCCCUCAGAGCAGCAGCUACUGUGGCCUGCACCCACACGAGAGACUUAGCUACCCAUCACACUCCUCAGCUGAGAUUAAUCCCAGUCUUCCUCCGAUGUCCACUUUCCAUCGCAACAACGGCACAAAUCACUACAGCGCGGCCUCCUGCACAGCGACCACGAACGGAACAGACAGCGUUAUGGCUAAUCGAGCGCCAAGUGGAGCAGGAAGCAGCUCACAGACUGGAGACGCAUUAGGAAAGGCCCUGGCUUCGAUCUACUCUCCUGAUCACACCAACAACAGUUUCUCCUCAAACCCCUCCACCCCAGUGGGAUCUCCACCCUCACUCACAGCUGCGAGUUCAGCCGUCUGGUCCAGAAAUGGUCAGGGAGCCUCAUCCCCAAACUACGAGCCUCCUAUUCACUCACUGCAAAAUCGUAUAGAGGAUCGUCUGGAGAGACUGGAUGAUGCGAUUCACGUCCUUCAGAGGCACGCGGUUGGACACGGGGACCUGCACAGCCUCAUCACGCCAUCACACACGCACUCGCAUUCACACACACACUCGCACUCACACACCCACAACGGAGCCAUGGGCACCCUGAGCACCAGCUACGGCACCGGCCUGCUCCCGUCCAACAGACACUCACUCAUGGUGGGGUCUCAUCGUGAGGAGGGAGUAGGGUUGCGUAGUACUCACUCCAUUGUGCCCAAUCAAGUGCCAGUUCCUCAGCUGCCAGUUCAGUCUGCCACCUCACCAGAUCUCAAUCAGCCUGAUCCAUACCGGGCGCUCUCCAGUGGACUGCAGGGCCAGAGCACGUCUUCAGUGAGCUCAGACAUCAAAUCGGAGGACGAGGGAGACGAGAACCUGCAGGACGCCAAAUCCUUGGACACCAAGAAGGAGGACUUGGACAGCAAGGAGCUGAAAGCUAUAGAGAGCACCAACGAUGAUGAGGAUCUGACUCCGGAGCAGAAGAUCGAGCGCGAGCGCGAGAGACGGAUGGCGAACAACGCGCGAGAGCGUCUGCGUGUACGAGACAUCAACGAGGCAUUUAAGGAGCUCGGGCGCAUGGUGCAGUUGCACCUGAAGAGCGAUAAACCGCAGACCAAACUGCUCAUCCUGCACCAGGCCGUCGCGGUCAUUCUCAGUCUCGAACAGCAGGUCCGAGAGAGGAACCUGAAUCCAAAAGCGGCGUGUCUGAAAAGGCGAGAGGAGGAGAAAGGGUCCUCAGAUGCCCCGCCCCUCUCAAUGGGUGGAGCUCACCACAGCAUGGGCGACGCCUCCAAUCCAAUGGGACAAAUGUAAAAAGCCACACCUCCUCCCUAAAAUGGUCAAAGCUGCCAGACUUUAUGAAAAUGAUGAGCGACCACUUCCUUUGACGACAUCAUUUCCUCUCCUGAAAGUCUGUUAAACAAUCAAAUCUGACCAGAUCGAUCAAUCAAUCAAUCAGAUUACUGAUGAGUCACCUUAUUUUGUUCAUUCCUCUCCAUGAUCCCGUAUGUUUCCUUCUUCUCCUUCUUCUUUUUCUUUUUUUUUUUGAUAUAAUGACCUUACAUGUGCAUUGGCUAUGGGGAAAAAAAAAUCUUCUCUCCUUUUCAACAUUCCCAGUUUUUUAGGAAAAAAAAAAAAGAAAAAGGAACAGUAAAUAUUUAUAAUGUUUGGUUUUUUUUUUUUUUUGGUUUUUUUUUUUUUUUCAUUUCUUUUAUUUCCAAUAUGUGCAAAUGGUUGGGGAUUCUUCAAACAUAUCACGAUGUAAAACGUUGGAAAAGAGCUGUUACGGCUUUUACUGGCAAAACUAUUUAUUUUAUUGUUCAUACCGUGGACAAAAAAAAUAAAUAAAUAAAUCCUCUCGCA